AUGAAGUUGGAGUUUAUUUUACUUCAAAAUAAUAGUUUGAAUUAUAAAAUGGAAUAGGGUUACAGAGAGCAUGGCUAACGCCAAAAACCCCGUAGUACCGAUUAAUUUUGUUUUAAAAAAUUUAGUUACAAAUCAAAUUUACACCAGUGGUAAUAAUACAAGUGGCAAAUGAAUUCUAAAAGGAUGGUUAAAGUGUAAAUGAGAUACAUAAUCUCUUACUUUCUCUUACUUUUUGAUUAUUUUUAUUUCAUUUAAUCUGAAAACUCUACCUACAUACCACCGUUAAAAUGCUCUAACAUUGAAGAUUUUUUCUUCAACUUUUUAUGAUAUAUUUCUUUACUAAAACCUUAUUUAUUUCUUUAUGCUGGCCGGAAACGCGAGAUGGUUUUCAAAACUCUAUAUAAACCAUGUUUCCACAAACCCCAAAAUCACAACCUAAUAAAGCUAGGAAGUAGCCAGUAUCAACCAAAAAAAUGGAAGUCAUUAGCAAUUUUAGUUUUCUGAUACUCUUAGCAGCCUCUGUAGGAGCUCUUCUUCCCUCAAAGGCCCAAGACAGCCCACAAGAAUAUGUGAGGGUUCACAACGAGGCGCGGGCAGGGGUAGGCGUAGGCCCCAUGCAGUGGAACGAGACCCUUGCAGCCGUUGCUCAGAGCUACGCAGACCAACGAAGAAGCGACUGCAAUCUCAUACAUUCCACUGGACCUUACGGGGAGAACUUGGCCAAGAGUAGUGGCGACUUAUCUGGCGUCAGAGCCGUGAACCUGUGGGUUGAGGAGAAGGCUAACUACGACUACCCUUCGAACACGUGCAACGGAGAGUGCGGUCACUACACUCAGAUUGUUUGGAGAAGCUCAGUAAAACUCGGAUGUGGCAAAGCGAAGUGUAACAAUGGUGGAACUUUCGUCGUUUGCAACUAUGAUCCUCCUGGGAAUUAUGUGAACCAGAAGCCCUACUAAUGAAUGAUUAUCUACAAAAACACGUGUAUUCAGGACGUAUACAUAUAUAUUUCAAUAAAGAGCGUUAUAUGCUGGAUGUGUAUCAAUAUACUAUUAAAUAAUACGAAUAAGAGCUGAGAUUACUAGUAUGCUACUAUUAAUUUAAGACCCCUAGUCGAAGAUAUUAUCUUAGACAUCUGUCUCCUUCUUUACAGAUCGUGCUGGAACAGAUUGUACAACUUUUGUUCCGAAGGGUUCUUCUGCUACUGGGACGCGUAACAAGAAGCGUUCUUCUUAUUCCAGUACGAAUCAAAUAUAUGUUAGCUUCUUAACCCCGUCUAGACGUUUCUUUUGCAAGUUUUGAAAACUCCAUUCUCGCGGUUUGUGUUAACUUCAUUCUCCCCGCUUGGAUUAACUAACGUGUCAUAUUUUAAUUUAAUCCCCUUAGAAAAACUAUACUAUAAAUUUACUAUAGCAGUAAUAUAUUUUAUAUAUGUAUCGCAACGAUGUAUUGACCAAGCACUUUCGCACCGUGUACGUAUCUAAAAUAUUUGAUCAGUUUGCAUGCAAUUCUCUGAAGGAUAUAGUUAUCAAGACAGCGAAGUGCAUGCAAUUCUCUGAAGGAUAUAGUUAUCAAGACAGCGAAGGAUCUAAUCCAAACGAGAGCCUUUCAGAUUGCAUGGGAGAAUGAGUUGUUGAAA